CGAACUAUAUAAUCAGACUGUUAAAUAGAUAGCACACUCUAAAAAUAUUUUUGGUAUUAUUAAUUUCAACAAUUACUGGCAGAUGUCGCCUACAAUGUGUAUAUGAUUGGAGAAUUCUGUCUAUGAAAUUUAAACUUCUUAGGAGUAUAAUUUCUAAAAAUUAAAUAUUAUACACCAAUAUUAUUUAUAAAUCAUCUAUUAUUUUGAUAAAAACAGAUGAUAUUAUUCUAAUUUAUAGAACUUUUAUUUAAGAUGUGAUUUUUUUUAUGAAAUUUUAUCGAUAAGAAAGUAAGAAAUUUAUUUAGUUCUCAAAGUUUUUUAUCGAUGUCAGACCAGUCGAUUAUCGACUCGUUGAUCAUCAAAUAGUUUUUCAGUUAAUGUUAGGUCUCAAAUCCCUUCUUUUCUCUAACGUUUCAUGAAAUUUCAUUGUGGAUGCAACAUUUAAGUUAUAUGUAACGUGAACGACGCAACAGUAGUAACGAAGGCAACUUCUGCUAGCAUAGCAAUUUUCUAGUUAUAGGGAAUUAAGAAAACAAAGAAAAAGAAUGUUAGACGAGGAAGAACUAAUUAAACCACCGGUAAUAGAGUUACCGGAAUAUCCUGAAGAAAUAAGAAUCGGAGGCAUCGAAGGCGGCGCUACUGAAUCUACGCUAGUCAUCAUCGAUGGAAAAGGAAAACUGUUGACAGAAGUCAAAGGACCGAGCACUAAUCAUUGGGUUCUUGGAAUGGAAGAAACAAGUGCCAGAAUCAACGCUAUGGUGGAAAUAGGAAAACAGAAUAUAGAAAUGUCUGAAAUAAUUCCUUUAGAUUGCUUGGGUCUUACUUUGAGCGGAUGCGAAGAAGAAAAAACCAAUCGUGUGCUUAUAGAAACGAUGCAACAGAAAUAUCCAAAUGCUGCUAAAACUUAUUAUGUCAAUUCAGAUACUAUGGGUAGUCUUAGAACAGCUCUAGAAAACGGUGGAAUAGUUUUAAUUGCUGGCACCGGUUCGAAUGCUUUGAUGGUCAAUUUAGAUGGAUCAACGACAACAUGCGGCGGAUGGGGAUAUUUCAUAGGGGACGAAGGCAGUGCUUUCUGGAUCGCGUAUAGAGCUUGUAAAUAUGUAUUCGAUGAUAUAGAUGAUUUAGUUAAAGCACCUAAACCUAUAAACUAUGUAUGGCCAGCUAUGAGAUAUUAUUUUAAUGCAACAGAUAGAAAAGAAAUGCUACCACAUUUUUAUAAUGAGUUUGAUAAAACCAAUUUCGCUAAAUUUGCCAAGGAAAUUGUGAUAGGUUGUGAAAAAAAAGAUCUGCUUUGUUUACAUAUUCUCCAAGAAAAUGGAAAAUAUCUUGCAAAACACGUUAUAGCUCUCGCGAAGAAGGCGCAUAAUGACCUCAAAUUAGCUCACGGAGGAUUAAAGAUUAUUUGCGUUGGAUCAGUCUGGAAAUCAUGGAAUUUUAUGAAGGAUGCUUUUAUAGAUGAAAUCCAUGAAUCUCAAGUUUUGGAUGAAUUAACUUUGAUUCGUUUAAAAGUAACAUCUGCGUUGGGUGCUUGUUAUCUUGCAGCUGAAAAAAUCAAUUGGAUAUUCACGAAAUCUUAUGAAGAUAACAUUGAACCGUUUUAUCACUAUAAGCGCGAUAAUUAUGUAAAACUUGACGUACCAAAAGAUUUAAUAGAAACUGAAAAUCCCCAAUACAUUCUUUGUAGCACUACGAAUAGGAAUUAUAAAUAAAAGAACAAAUAAUAACGAUGAUUAUAUUUUAUACUUACAUUUUAUACAUAUCUCUUAUAGAAUAUUUUCAAAAGCAACAAAUAUAAGAAAUUGCAAGCAAUAAA